CAUUGUCAAUUGAAAACGUCCGAGAGCAUUCGAGUGUCUUUCCAUAUUUGGUCGUCGGCUUCCUCCAUCUUUUAGCAAACGUCAGUCUACCGGCUUCGGAACACAACAAGGACCACCAUGUCGGAAAUCACGAAAAUCCAUGCUCGGCAGAUAUUUGAUAGUCGUGGUAACCCUACAGUGGAGGUGGAUGUCACCGUGGCAAAUGGUCAGAUGUUUAGGGCAGCUGUACCCAGUGGUGCCUCCACGGGUAUCUACGAGGCUCUGGAGCUGAGGGACAAAGAUCCCAAAGAAUACCAUAAAAAAGGAGUAUCUAAGGCAGUGAGUAAUGUCAAUGACAUCAUCGCUCCAGCCCUGAUCAAGGCAAAGCUUGACGUGAGUGACCAAUUCAAGGUUGAUCAGUUUUUAAUUGACUUGGAUGGUACCGACUCCAAGAGCAAACUUGGAGCCAAUGCUAUCCUGGGAGUAUCAUUGGCUGUGUGCCGAGCUGGAGCCGCCAAAAAGGGAGUAGCACUGUACCGCCACAUUGCUGAUCUGGCUGAAAACAAGGAUGUGAUUCUACCAGUACCUGCCCUCAACGUCAUCAAUGGAGGAUCCCACGCUGGCAACAAACUAGCCAUGCAGGAGUUUAUGAUCCUCCCCACAGGAGCUACAUCCUUCAAGGAGGCAAUGAGAAUGGGGUCAGAGACAUACCACCAUCUUAAGGCUGUCAUCAAGGAAAAGUAUGGGCAGGACGCCUGUAACGUUGGAGAUGAAGGUGGUUUUGCUCCCAACAUCCUGGAGAACAAGGAAGGUCUGAAUCUGUUGAUUAAGGCUAUUGAGUUGGCCGGCUAUACUGGCAAGAUCAAGAUUGGUAUGGAUGUGGCUGCCUCAGAGUUUUACAAGGAUGGCAAAUACGACCUUGACUUUAAAACCAAAAAUGGCGAUGACAAGCUUAAGAUCAGUUCUGAUGAAUUGACUGCAAUGUACAUGGAAUUUAUCAAAGAGUACCCUAUUGUGUCCAUCGAGGAUCCAUUUGACCAAGAUGAUUGGGAAGCAUACACAAAGAUGACAGAAACAGCCGGAAUCCAAAUUGUUGGUGACGACUUGCUUGUGACCAACCCAAAGCGUGUCCAGACUGGGAUCGACAAGAAAGCUUGUAACGCGCUUCUCCUCAAAGUCAACCAGAUUGGAACUGUCAAGGAGUCCAUUGAUGCAUGGAGGAUGUCCAAGAAAGAGGGCUGGGGUGUGAUGGUCUCCCAUAGGAGUGGUGAAACAGAGGAUACCUUUAUUGCUGACCUUGUUGUGGGUCUCUCCACAGGACAGAUCAAAACUGGAGCUCCCUGUAGGUCUGAGAGACUGGCCAAAUAUAACCAGAUUCUUCGCAUAGAGGAAGAACUCGGUGCAAAUGCCAAAUUUGCGGGUGAAAAAUUCUGUUUUCCAUACUAAACUACUGGGAAUUAGAUGAUUACAGCUGACACUGGCAUAUUUUUUUCAUAUCUGUUUUGUUAAAGAUGUUAUUAAGAGUGUAUGAUAUUUAUUGACCGAGGUAAUGAUGUAUGGUUUCUUGAAAAGUGAACAUUUUCAUUACAUUUGGUAACAGUUGCAUUCCCCCUAAUUCCCAUAAAAGCUUUGUCUCAACGUCGCUGUUGAAAUUGAUGUAAUGUGUUUAGCGUAAUUGAAUGACUGGCAGACUUCCUGGAAAUGAACACAAAUGAAUGUUGCCGAUUGUUUUUAUCGGCAACAAAAUGUUGUAAAAUUACGCAUUCUCACAUUUAGUUCUUAUCGUAACAACUAGUUGAUGUGAAAUUGUAGAGAUGUAGAAUAGUAUAUACCCAUUUAUACCCAUCUUAGCUGUAUUUAACUCAAGUUCAGUGUUAUACAGUGUUGGAGUGAUAUUCUGUCACCAGUCUUGUGCCAGUACAACUAAACAUAUCCAGAGUGAUGGGCUUGUCCUCAGAGCAGCGAUUGUGCUAAGCUUACUUCCUACAAUAAUCCUAGUUUACUGAAGAUGGAUAAACUUUUAUAUGGAAAGGGAGACUGUAACAAGCUUCCUGUAAGUCACAAUGAUAUAUUUGAAGCACACUUUGAAGGUGAGACGCCAGAACUGUCCUCUAUCCAGGGCCGCUGUCUUUAUGUACGAGAGCUUUUACCACCUGUAAACAAAACGUACCAGGAAGUAAAAUCAAGCAAAACUUGCCUAAGCUGCUUAAGGUCUAGCAAGUCUUACUCAAGCUGUCUCGGACAAUGAGGGAAUCUCCCAUUUAGUUACAGCAACAAACUGAUCCAGCAGUUCUGGUUCUGUAGACAAUUAAGUCUAGUUAUGUAUAAUAGUGGGUACCAGUACACUUAAGAUUGUCUAUUGAAACACCUUGGAGUCAAGUCAUAUCUGUCUUUAAACCUGAAAUCGGUCACUAAGUGAUUUGGACUUCUCAUUGAACAGAUAGUCCAUUUAUGUCUAUAUGUCCACAUUUGAGGAUAGUGUUUUAGCUAAGGUCAAUUUUAAUCUUUGCUCUACCAGCAGAUUAUAGUGCUAGACUUUUGACUAGAAUAUUUGUGAAGUUGUUUGUAAGGGUAAAUUAACUGAAGAAUAUUUGUUAAAAGUUGUUCAUAAAAGUUUAUUGAUUGGAGAAUAUUUGUCUUAUAUUGUACUGUACAUACUUGCCAAAUCUCUCUUGAAGCAAGUCCACUGAUUUUUUAACUCUUAUUUUGACUUUUGUAAUCAACAGAUUUCCCAUCCUCUUCCAUUUUACUGAAAUUUGCAAAGAACAACUUAUGUAAUGGUAUUUUACAAUAUUUGUCAGUAGGAGAUCGGUAUAAGUAUUAAAG